UGAUGUACUCUGAGUGACACAUCGAUUGACCUCUCAAUGGCGAGACUGCGAGGGGCGGGGCAAUGCCGGGAGAAAACGUGGACCAAUAGGCGUGUGAAGCGUUGGGUUGGUGGUGCGGCGUGUUGCCGGUGGAUACCGAGGCGCGGCCCGGCCCGGCGCAGUGUAGAGAUGCAGCGGCUCGGUAGGAUGUUGGUGGUGGGCGGUGUGGCUGCGGCUUUUGUCUUCUUUGUGGUGCCGUCCGAGGCGCUGAAAGAAGGAGAGUGUGAAGUGUGUACAACAUUCUUGGAACGGUUUUACAAAUCACUAGUUGAGCAAAAUGCAAAAUUCACUCCAGACGUGAUAGGGGAACAACUAAUUCAGGCGUGCAAGGAUGUCAAGGGCAAGGAAAACAGAUUUUGCUAUUACAUUGGAGCAACGAGUGAUGCAGCCACCAGAAUAAUCAAAGAGGUUUCCAAACCAAUGAGCAAUCAUGUGCCAAUUAAUAAAAUAUGUGAAAAACUGAAGAAAUCAGACCAUCAAAUUUGUGAUCUGAAAUAUGACAAGCAGGUGGAUCUGAGCACAGUGGAUCUGAAGAAACUACGGGUCAAGGAACUGAAGAAGAUCCUGGAUGAGUGGGGCGAGUCUUGUAAAGGCUGUGCAGAAAAAUCAGACUUCAUCCAGAAAAUCACUGACCUGAUGCCGAAGUACGCACCCCAUGCUGCCAAAUCACGAAGUGAUCUCUAGUGAAGCCCUUGCCACCAUCUCAUAACUGUACAUUUUCCAUUGGUUUUUCACUUUUUUGUAUUUAUUAAUAAAAAAAGGGUCUUUAAUGGCAUGAUUUGUUAUAAAUACUGAUUCUUGGGAGGUGCUGUUUGUAGAGCUUGUAUUUUUUUUUGUUUGGGAGGCGAGGAAGUUAGGAUGUGGAGGACUUAAAAGUUGUCCAAAAUUUGAUGUUCACUGAUUUUUCUGAGUAGUUUAAUGAAAGGCCAUGCCAGCAGAUGCCCAAAGAUAAAAGAACUUUUUUUUUCCCAAUGUUAACACUGUUCUAUACUGCUUGUCAUUUUGGCUCUUGAUUUCAGACUAGUCCCAAUUGGCUGGGUUAGUCACCAGUCUUGAAGGGUUUUGUGUGAACAGUUUUGAGGAAGUCGAACUGUUUCUCAAUUGCUCACAUUGUGAGCCCCAAACUUGAUUUGAUGUUCUAGUUCAGAGAGGUUCUGUGACAAUGCCCAGGUAUUUUUUUUAUCUCUAUUCUCUGAAAACAAAUCUGUAGGGUGAAGGAGGCACUGAGAAUUGAUCCCAGGUUAACCAUGAAAAUCAGCAAGGAACUGCAGUCACUGUUUGCAGAAUAGUGGAAAAUGGAGGUAUUGAGGAAAUGAAGGGUUGAAUGUGACUGGGGUGACCUCACCUUUCUCCCUCAUUUGUAGAGAUGCUGUUUAUGGGGACUUGGUGAUAUUUGCCUAUUGUGGCCAGAAAUAAAGGGCUUUUAGUUUUCUUUAAGGUACUGAGACUCUGCCCCAGCCUGGUAGAGAAGACAGGGGAACAGCAAGGAAUUCGGUGCAAGCCUGGCUUGUGCUGACAUUGAGCAUUGUUUCUCCUAGCCUUGAAGGAGUGCCCCUCACUGAGUGACUCAUUCUCCUCUGCUCAUCAAAAUUGAUUGUCCAAUUUUUCACACAGCCUGAGCUUCCUGUACAGUGCAGUUAUCUAUUAAUACUAGUAUUUUGUUUAGAAGGUUUUCUCUUGACCAUUAAAUAAUUUUUUUUAAAAUGUGGCACUGCAUUUCUUUUGAUAUGAAGCAUUAAAUGAUGACUUGUAUGACUCUU